AGGGCCCAAGUUUCGGGCUACGGAAAGGAACGGAAAUUAGACACAGGAGGGGGGUGGUCCCUUUUUAAUUGCCUACCCUGGGACCCAUACCAACCACGCCUCGCCACUGAUUGUUAUUGACCGCCCAUUACAGAGGAGAUGAGCUAUUAACUUUCAUCAAUCUAUGCAAUGACGAAUGAAACAAUAUAUCCCUCUACAUCGUUCCUCAAACCUUCUUUCUCCAGCACCGUUAAGUUGUACGUGACGAAACUAAUCUCUCGCGUGGGCGUAGAAGGAGGUGAUGGGGAGGAGUAAGGAGCCGGGGGGGAGGUGGGAAGGAGGGAGAGUGAUAGUGAUGAAGGCGUUCCCCUCUCCACAGUGGCUUCUUUGCGCGUGCAGUCAGCUGUGCGGUGCAGCUCCAGCUCGCAGAAUGCCCGGACGUGGUGGUGCUGAAACGGACAGCGCCGCUCCUGUAAACGGCUAUAGACGGACAUCGCGUUAGACAACAGCGCGUAUCGAUGCUGAUGGAUACAGCUGCUUAGAAGUCUACAUAACUAACUUCGAUCACUAUAAUCUGUCGUGCAAGGUUGCUUCUAAAACUAUGCUUAUACAGCGUGCAUGCGUGCGUACGUGGGUGCUCACCGGCGCGUUUCGGAGCCAGCAGUGUUUGAUGAUUGCUUGUGUUGCAAUCGAAACGUCGUAUGCUAGUAUUUAAUUUAUUUAUUAUUUUAUCUUUAUACGUGACUUUACCGAAAGAACCAAAGAAUAAUUCCUGCAGUCACGAAAGCUCCAAAUUAAGUUUGAGUGUUUGAGUAUUUAACAACGCACUAAAUAAACAAAUAACCUUUCGAUUUCAAGUUAAUACUUGGCGGUAGAGUUUUUGGUGUCGUUGUUGCUGUACAGGAAUUGGAAAUCAAGAGCCCCAUUGUAAUAUGGGUCCCGCGUUUAACGUGAGCGCUGUGAAUGCGUCUCGGCUUCGUGGCAUCCUCAUGAACGUCACACGGGGUGGAGAAAUGCCCUUCAUGACGGACGCGUGGCUUGUACCUCUUAUUUUCGCUCUCAUCAUGCUCGUGGGACUGGUGGGCAAUUCUUUGGUGAUUUUCGUCAUCACGAAGAACCGACAGAUGCGCACAGUCACCAACUUCUUCAUAGUAAACCUGGCUGGCACGGACAUCAUCUUUCUGGUCUGCUGCGUUCCAUUCACGGCCACACUUUACCCACUGCCAAGCUGGGUAUUUGGUGACUUCAUGUGCAAAUUUGUCAACUAUCUUCAACAGGUGACGGUGCAAGCCACCUGCAUGACGCUCACAGCGAUGAGCGUGGAUCGUUGCUAUGUCACUGUGUACCCGAUCCGCUCACUCCAACACCGCACCCCCUGUUUGGCUGCCUGCGUCAGCAUCGGCAUUUGGAUAGGUUCGCUUGUGAUGUCUCUGCCCAUGGCCCUGUACCACAAGACGGACACGAAGGAGUGGUACGGGCCCAAGACGUACUGCUUUGACGCCUUCCCUUCUGUGCCCCACGAGCACGCCUUCGUGCUGUACAGCUUCGUGCUGGUCUACAUGCUGCCACUCGUCACCAUCUCCGUGUGCUACAGCAUUAUGAUCAAGAAGAUCGGACGUCCCGCGGUGGAGCCUCAGGAUGACAACAUGCAGCUGCAGAUGCUCACAGAGCGGAACGAGGCGACGAGGGCGAAGGUGACUCGUAUGGUUGUGGUGGUCGUGCUGGUCUUCAUGCUCUGCUGGGGGCCCAUCCAACUCUUCAUCCUCUUCCAGAGCUUCUACCCGUACUUCGCCUUCAGCUACACCACGUACAAGCUCAAGACGUGGGCAAACUGCAUGUCGUACGCCAACUCGUCCAUCAAUCCGUUCGUCUACUGCUUCAUGGGCGAUAGUUUCCGUAAGACCUUCAAGAAGGCAUUCCCGUGCCUGUUCAAGGCACGCGUGGCGCCGGCGCCCGACGCUGCCUACACCGAGAUGAACAACAUGAACCGCAGAGGGGCUUGAGCAUGGGCCUUGCACACGCGCGUGCAUGCAUGCACAAAAUCCCAGUGAACGCGGAACGUUGCGCCAAUGUUUUGUUGCAACGGUUCUGGGGACGCUGGCAGCCGAGCAAGAUCGAUGCUGGUACACAGGGCUUAAAAAUUGGCUUGCAUGCUUUAUACGUGGGCAAAUGAAAACAAGUCAAGGGCCUUCAAAAUAACGGAGAUGAUGGAAAAAUAAUUCGAGAUCACGCAUAGAAAAUUAAGGGCAGGGAGCUAUCGUGCUGCACUUGAAUGUAGUAAUUUCACAGUUAUUAGGUUGUAUAUUAAACCAAAAAUUGUAAUGUUCAUAAACGUUUAAUUUGAACAGAUUGAGUAAUGCUUUGGUAACUAAACUAAGAAUUCAUGAAAUAUGUCCUGGUGAUCACGAGCAUGUACACAUGUACGCUCAUGCCCCAAAGCACACGCAAACAUACAUUAUUGGUAUUUAAUAAUAAUUUUAGUGUAUUUGGUGUUCGUGCCAUUCUUCUAGCGCAAGACUAUCACAAAGUCUGCAGUGUUUUCACAAUUGGUGAGGGGGAGGGGGUGGACGUUGCUGUGUGUUAUCCCAAUUGAGUAGUUUGCGGAUAUUUUUAUAAUUUGGACCAUGACGCUGGCACAUAAUGGGCCUUCUUAAAUCAUGUCGGUGGGAUAAUGAACGUCCACAGUGAAGCAGACUCUGUAUGGUUAUAGUUAAUGCACCCUAGCGAUGACCAGGGUAGCCUGUCAGCGGUGAAUGGCAGUGUCACCGUCCUGUGGACGUAAUGGGUGCAUAAUGCACAGUUCGUCGAUGCACACGGAAACACAAUUGUGGAUGUGACCAAAUAUUCUGUAACGACAAGUGCAACACUAAGUGUUAUGAUGCUCACAUUGCCAGCAACAGUGCAUGGACAGGGAAAAGACAGACUUAUGCAAUCGAGCUCAGAGCAACGAUUUUGACAAAACAGAGAGACACAGAACAGCAUUCGCAUACAGCACAAAUAAUACCAGUUUUUAAUGUAAUUUUCUUUGUAUUGAGUUCCAUUUAUUCCAAAAGAAGUAUGUUCAUAAAAUCGAUAGAACGGAUAAAAAUGGGCAUGUACAUUUUAGCUCUUAAAUAUGAUAAAAAUUGACGAGUCUUGUAUAUCCAUUGAACAAAUGCAUUUUGGAGUGGGUGAGUAGAUGUUAACAAAAAAUACAAGAUGCACGUGAUUAAUUUUAUCUUAUCACAGUCCAUAAUCCGGACAUCUAUAUAUAUAAAAUCGUGAGUCUGUCUGUCUGUGUGUCUCCGGAACAUACGCACUUUCAUUGGACGGCGGUUGCCCCUGGCAACGGCUAGCGACGCCUUCGCCGCUUUCAUUGGACCUGGCAACGGCUAGCGACGCCUUCGCCAAGGGCUGCAGUUUCAUUGGACGGCGGUUGCCCCUGCCAACCGCUAGCCACGCCUUCGCCAC